GUUCGUUAUCCUCACCACGCAUGAGUCACCGCGUUGAUAGCGAGAGCGACGAGGAGCCGCGGAAUCAUCCGCAGCCGCGCCGUUGCUGUUUUCGGGCCCCGGAGACGCGAGCGAUCGGCAGAUCGACUAAUCGUCGCUACACAAAGGCGGUGGUCCACGCUGGGGUGUUUUGAGCCUCGUGGGGGCCCGCAGGUUUAUUUUGGCACAUCGACGAGCGUGAGAAGAGGAAUUGGAGUAAAAAGUGGCAUGUGGAGACUUGCCUGAUUCAAUUUGAGCACCCGAGGAGAUACUUUGAUCACUUUAGCCAAAGCAAUAUUUUUAGAUUGCAUAAGGCUUGGAGCGAUUUUGAGAAUGCCGAACGGCGAAUAUGUGGGAGUUUACUGUAUUUGUGUGUUGGAUGUGUGCCGUUUGAGGGGCGUGGCCCACUGAGUGACAUCAGGAGCUGGAGUCGGGUUGGCCGGUUAGUCGCCGUGUGAGCGUCUGGGCGUGACGGCCAUGCGGCGAGGGGCGCGGCCCUCGACGGGAGCCAGCUGCUGGCCACGCCCCCCUCUGUCCGAGCGCCGUGAGCCUUUGACUCCGUGAAGACCCGUGACGUCGGCGAUGUCAUGAAUAAAUUUGAGGUCCUUGGGAUUGUGGGUGAAGGUGCCUAUGGUGUUGUUCUCAAGUGCAGACACAAGGACACCAACGAAAUUGUGGCUAUAAAGAAAUUCAAAGACAGCGAAGAAAAUGAGGAGGUCAAAGAAACGACACUGCGGGAGCUCAAGAUGCUGCGCACCCUCAAGCAGGAGAACAUCGUGGAGCUCAAAGAGGCGUUCCGGCGGCGAGGGAAGCUCUACCUGGUCUUCGAGUACGUGGAGAAGAACAUGCUGGAGCUGCUGGAGGAGCUGCCCAACGGCGUGCCCACGGAGAAGGCGCGGAGCUACAUCUACCAGCUGAUCAAAGCCAUCCACUGGUGCCACAAGCAUGACAUCGUUCACCGGGACAUCAAGCCGGAGAACCUCCUCAUCAGCUCCGAUGACGUCCUCAAGUUGUGCGAUUUCGGCUUUGCACGUAAUCUCUCCGAGGGGACGGACGCCAACUACACGGAGUACGUGGCCACGAGGUGGUACCGCUCUCCGGAGCUCCUGCUCGGGGCUCCGUACGGCAAGGCGGUGGACAUGUGGUCGGUGGGCUGCAUCCUGGGCGAGCUGAGCGACGGGCAGCCCCUCUUCCCGGGGGAGAGCGAGAUCGACCAGCUCUUCACCAUCCAGAAAGUUCUGGGCCCUCUUCCUCCCGAGCAGAUGAAGCUCUUCUACAGCAACCCGCGCUUCCACGGGCUGCGGUUCCCUGCUGUAAACCACCCACAAACACUGGAGCGCAGAUACCUGGGAAUCAUCGGCGGAGCCCUGUUGGACCUGCUCAAGAGUCUUCUCCUGCUCAGCCACGCCGAGCGUUUCCUGACGGAGCAAAGCCUCAACCACCACGCCUUCCAGAACUUGCGGCUGGUGGAGCGGCCCGGGCCCCCCACGCCCACGCCCGUGCGCUCCUCCAAGAGGAAGCCCCACCACGGAGACACCACCCCCAGCAGCGACUGUCUUGACCCCAGGAAUCACGGCCCGAAGAGCUCGGGCAGCCAUCGCUCCAGCACGCGCGACUGCUCCAGCUUGCCGCGCCACGAGGACCUCCACCCCGCCGGCAACAGCGGCGAGGGCGGCGGCCCCGGGGGCUUCCUCAACGGCAACCUGCCGGCGCCCAUCAACCUGAGCCCCACCCUGCACCCAAAGAGCUACCCGCCGCAGAUGUUCAACCACUCUGCCUCUUGCGGCGUGGACCUGCCCCACCUGCUCAGCCCCGCCGAGGCCAACAAGGGCGACUUCGACGUCGGCCCGGGCCCCAAAGGCUCCGACGGCCCCGGGGCCAAGUACCUCAAGUCCAACUUCCGAUUGCAGCAGCACCGCCACUCCUUCGUGGAGGGCAAGACCAGUACCCUCCAGUCGGGGGAGAAGCACGGCCGCCACAACUACAUGGAGGCCCCCGCGCCCAAGUUCUCCUACCUGAACCUGUCCAAGAGCUACGGCACGCUCAGCGACGCCAAGUCGGUGGGCAACUUGAACGACGUGCACCUGUACGCCGAUGAGCCCGCCGCCCGCUACUUCCCCUCCAGCUGCCUGGACCUGACGGCGCCCAGCAGCCCGGCGGUUCGGCGCUCGGACCGGCGAGGGAGCACGCGCACCGAGCGCGAGAGCAACACCCUGGACUCUUCCUACCGCCGCUCGUCCGCCCGCCGCAAGGAGUCGCCGGACGGCCUGGACCCGAGCGAGGGCGGCGGCGGAGAAAGGAGCCACGGGCAUUCCCUGUCGGCCCCGCACGAACCUUACGCUCAGGGUUACAGCAGCCCCUUCUCGUCCCAGCAGAGGCCCCACCGUCAUUCCAUGUACGUGCGGCGGGACCACCAGAGGACUCACGGGGGCGACGAUGGACUGCUGGUGGGGCAGGGGGUGCCCACCCGCGCCAGCAGCCUGCAGCUACUGUCGCCGCAGCUGCAGCACCGCACGCUGCCUCGCCACUCGGCCUCCAGGGAGGAGGACAUGAGCCGGAGCGAUCAGGCCCCCCCUGAGGCGGCCCCCCACAGCAGACCCCCAAUCAGGGAAUCCACCACCAGGGACAACUUUCACGCGCAGAGGCAAAAAAGCGAGGUGGGCCUGUAUCACGAGCCUCAGGCCGAAGACGGCGGCGGCGCCUCCUCCAAGGAGAACCGCAACAUCUACAGCGAGUCCAUGCCCCGCAAGGUCGGAAGCUUCUACAGAGUCCCUUCUCCUCGGCCAGACAACUCCUUCCACGACGGCCGCUCUCAGGCCCGAGGCUCGGGCAUGGCGGGCGACGGCGGCAGUCUGGCCAACCACUCCAAACGCCAGCCCGCCUUUGACCCCUGGACGGGCCCGGACACCGUGGUGCUGAAUACCGCCGAGCCGUCCAAGGAGAAAGAGAAGCAGGGUUUCUUCAGAGCAAUAAAGAAAAAGAAGAAAAAGCCUCAGAUGCUGCCGCAGUUUGUAUUUGCGUUGCCAGGUCCCCAGCGAGGAGGCGGUCCUGCAGAAGUCGUCGCGCUCCCACCAGAGCGGCCGCCACCGGAGCCGCGACAAGAGCCGCGAGCGCGAGCGGGACAAGGAGUGGGCCGACAAGAUGGCCGACUCCCACUCGCCGAGCCAACCGCUGAAGUCGCUGCGCAAACUCCUGCACCUCUCCUCGUCCUCGUCCAACCAGACGGCGGCGUCCGACAUGCGCUACCAGCCGCUGCCCGGCCCCGCCUCCGUCCCCCAGGGGGCCUUCUCCGACGGGCGCGGCCACCCGGGCGUCAACACGCCGCAGAUGAAGAGCAGACAGUCGGCCUACCCGCAGCUGGAGCCCGGCUGGCACGCCGGCAACCCGUACCCCGAGCAGAUGGCCGUCAAAGGGGGCCAGAACGGGCACGGCUUCGGGCGCCCCUCCAGGUCCCGCAUGGCCAACCUCAACGACCUGAAAGAGACGGCGCUGUGAACCGAGACCGCACGGGAAGUACUGAACUCACUCACGCCUCCGGGACAGACCCCCGACGCGUCACACACAUCUAAACAUACGCGUUUACGUAAAGUCACGGUCACAAAGGGGGGAAAGUCUGCAUUGUAGUGUGGCUCAAACAAAACGUCCGCAUUAAGAACACACGCGCGCGCGCACACACACGCAUAUACACACGCGCACACACCUGCACAGUGCACUGCUUGCAAACUGGAGGCCAAAAGCCUUCUUGUGUCUUAAUGUUUUUUAAAGGCUUCCAAUGUUUGAUACUUUAUAUGAUGACUUCAUUUGUAUUAUAAUAUAUAUAUAUAUAUAUAUAUAUAUAUAUAUAUAUAUAUAUAUAUGUAUAUAUACAUACAGUAUAAAUAUUACAAAUUUAAUAUAUUAAUAUAUAUCAAUGUUUAGAUUCAAGUGUAUUUUUAGUUUGAACUGAGUAGAAGAAUUAUAUUUAGUUGUAAAAGGCGUGGUAUUUCUUUUGACGCCAAUCCCGUCGGCACGGUAACGUCACGUGGCAUUAUUGUAACGCAACGCACACACACACACACACGCACACACACACGCACACUCACAUCAGCUGAGUUGACAAUCUAUUUCAAUUACAUUUGGUUUGUCCUCAUCUUAACACAUUCCUGUACAGUUUCUGCGCUUAUUAUUAUUAUUGGUUGGAAAGUAGCUUAGCGGGGACUCUAAAAAUCGGUGUCCACUUGGUAAAUUCUACCCGACGACAAGACGUAUGGGAGGAACAGCGUGUAUUAUAUUAAUACUGCUAAUGUGGCAGCCAUUGUCGCCUGGUAUUUCCUCAAACAAACACACACACACACACACGCACACAUUUGUUUAUGGGCUGGCCAAAGCAAACAAAAGUGUUACACAUUUGUAGCAUAGGCCAUCUUGUUUUUUUCCCUCCUCUGCGAAAAACAAAUGUGUAAUAUUCAUGUUUACAUAUGUAACACUAAAGCUCAAAUAAAUUGCAAACUGGUGUCAUUUGCACUUUGUAUUUUGUUCCCCCCCCUGGAGUAUUUGUACCACAAUAAUAUGACUAUGAAUGAUUUUUGUUUUAUUUUUGGGGGGAGAAAAAAAAGUGGUAAUACAAGAUUUAAGUGCUACAGUUACAUUAUGUGUAUUUUUGGGAGGAAAAAAAGUCAUCGAUUUCCAAGAAUAAAAUAGUCAUUUCCGUGUAGAAAAAAGUCUUGUGGUUUUUUUUUUUUCUAUUUACUUGUUAAAAUAGGAUCUUUUAUUCUAAGACAAACUUUGUUUUUUGUAGAACAAAUAAAACAGUUUUCCCCCCUCACAUUACACUUUUGUUUUCCUCAGCUUUAUCCUCGAUUUUGCCAGAAACAUGACGGCCAUGUAAAAUAAUGUGUGUAUUCCAAGAACGUUACUUUUUAAAUAUAAAAACAUUCUUAAAAAACAAAAUAAAUAAAUAAAACGACAACAUCUCAUAUUACGGCUUCGUGUUCGUACGCUUACAAUGAUAAUGUCAUAUUUAUGAAAACGCUUUUGGAAAAAAAUUACGACUUUAGUCUUGUAUUAUGAGAUUUUUUUCUUUUUCUAGAAAAUGGCUUUAUUCUUUCAGAAUUUCAGUUUGAAUCUUGUAACGUACAAUAUUGCCCACCGAUGUAGCGGUGCACUCGCCUGACUUUGGUGCGGGCAGCGUGGGUUCAGUGCCCACUCAGUGGCGGUGUGCACGUGAGUGCGGAUGGUUGUCCGUGCCCGUGUGUGCCCUGCGACUGACUGGCGACCAGUUCGGGGUGUAGUCGGCCUUUCGCCCGAGGUCAGCUGGGAUAGGCUCCAUAAGUGCUGUUGAAAAUUGAUGAAUGAAUAUACUAUAUUGGAAUCUUUUUUCCCCAAAAAGAAUAAAACUUUCAUCUUGUAAUAUAAUUUUUUUUUUUUUUUUUGUAGAAAAUAAAAUAUAUUAUUCUCACAAACAUUUAAUCUUGUGACCUUUCAGUUUAAAAAAAAUAAAUAAUAAUUUUUGGGAUCAUAUCAACUUCUUUUUUUUUUUUUUACUCAGUUUUGCGCCUUUGUUUUCUGUAAGAAAAUAUGACCUUGUUUUCUUCUAAAAUUGCAACUUUAAUCUUGAUGAAUCCCAGCUUUUAAAAAAAAAUCUUAUGUUUUUUUUUUCUUGUAAUAUUGUACUAAUUUCU